AUGUUUCAGAUUGGCGAAGAGACAUUCUGCCCCACAGGCGCGUGCGUGGCUUGCGCGACAGCCGCAAUGGCCGCACAAGAGUUCCGUUUCUUUGUGCGCAACUCGCAGCGAAUAUGGUUGAAGGCGAUAACCGUUCUAAACGAAGUGCCAAAAACUAAUGGGCCCUUGGUGAAAUCCGUUUGCGCGUUCAUAAAGCCGGACAACUUGCACAUUCACACCGUAAAGGACUACACGGGCGGCGACACCAAAACAAUGUUCAGCAGAUUGAAGAACCGCUUGACUAGAAAGGCUGAAGUCGAGAAGAAGACGAGAACUCCGCGGGCGGGACCCACGUGCAAAUGCCCAGACUGCGGCAAAACCUUUUACAGUCCGUACUUUCUGCGUGUGCACUUGAAGAACAGCGGCUACAAAGAAGCUUGCGCUCAGUGUGGCGCUAUCGUGAGACGAGGCGACGAAAUGCGCGAGCACCUCACGAAAGUGCACGGCGAAAGUGCGUUACUGUGCAGAAAUUGUCCGAUGCUAUUCCCGGACCAAUCCCGUCUGGAGAAACACGAGAAGAACGCGCACAAGUUCGGCUCCUGGACCUGUUGUGACUGUGGUCGUACUUUCUGCGGUAAAUCUUCCUUCGAGAUGCAUUCUCAGAUGCACGCUGUCAGGACUUGUAGGUCGUGCGGCACUCAGUUCUCGAAUCGCGCGUGUUAUAGGAUUCACAGGGUUAAAUGUGAGCCGGACGCUCGGCCCAAUGCGAAGUCUCUACCGCGCAAUAAACGCUCCAACAUCCGCGACCCCGCCACUUUCACGUGCGACUAUUGCGGCAAAAGCUACCAUUCCCGCCCUCAGCUCAAGAACCAUAUAAUCUGGAUCCACAUGGACGUUAGACCGCACCAGUGCCAGUGGUGCGGCAAAAGGUUUUACACACCGUCUCGGUUAGCGGAACAUUCUAUAGUGCAUACGCGGGAACGAAAUUUCGAGUGUGACAUUUGUGGCGCGAAACUGGUAUCCAAGAUGGCGGCGAUCUAUCAUAGGCGAAGGCAUACGGGUGAAAAGCCUUACGAAUGCGAAGAUUGUGGUGAGAGAUUCAUAUCGUCGUCGCGUAGGACGGAACACGCGAAACGGAGACACGGAAAAGGGCCUAAAAUGCCUUGCGUGUUGUGCUCCGCCAGCUUUGUUAGAAGUCAUGAGCUUAGGAAACAUAUAGAGAGAGUACAUAAACCGACCAGCACUUGA